AUGCCAAGAAUUCAAGUGAGAAUGGGGUGCGACCCUGGGGUCAGCACAGCUGUAUCUUCUAUAGUACAGCACCAAAACUUCAAACGUAUGUUAAUGUUUGGUUUAAGAUCAUUAUCUGAUUUUUGCAAUCCUACUUCCAAAGCUUAUAAAGAAAACGCAUAUGAUGCGUUAAAUAGAGAUGCAAUACCUUCAAUAAAUAAAGCAGUGAAUAAUUAUAAGGAUGACGAUGAUAUACUUUAUUGCUCAAGUAAAGUAUUGUUUGCUAUGUCUGACUAUUGUUGCUCCGAAAAAGACAAUGAGGCAUUAAAAAAAUUAGUGAGUGAUGGUGGAGUAAAUGCCAUAACAGAAAUUAUUAAAACAAUUCCAAAGGAUCAAGACACGCUAAAAAAUUGUAUGUUAUUUAUUCAAAAUAUGAAAGAUAUAAGUUCUCAGAUUGAUGGAGAGCUUUCUGUUGCUUUAUUAAAUGUGUUUACAUCAGAUACAUAUACUACGAAGUUGGGAAGCUCAAUUAUAUCAGCUUUAUCCGUUGUAUCUAAAUCACCUUCUGGUUCGGAGGCUUUAAAUGGUGAAAAUGCUCAUCAUAAAUUAAUAGAUCAUUGUUUAUCUAUUCAGAAUAUAAAUGAUGAAACUGCAGAAAUAAUUGAAGGGGCUUUUGAUGUAAUUAAAAAUUUAUUGUCAAAUGGGUAUGUGGUUCCAACAAUAAUUGAAAAAUCUGUUGUAAUUUUAGAUAAAUUUAAAGCAUAUCCAAGAGUUGUUUCAAAAGGAAGUGAUACUAUGAAAUCAGCUGUAGGUCCAGAACAAUUAACUGAUUGUUUAAAUAUAUUAAAAAAAGAACAACAAGGAUCUAAAGAGCAUGAUUCGGCAUUAGAAUUAUUGAGUUCUCUUUCAUAUAUUUCUUCAAUAACAGAUAAAAUUGUUGAAUCAGGAGGUAUACCUGUACUUAUAGAAUUAAUAAAUAGUGGGCUACAACAAUAUGAUAGUAAUCCUGAUAAAAUCGCAAGAUUAGUAGCUGGGGCAUCAAGAAUGCUUGGAAGAAUAUCAAAUAACCCUUCACAUGCUGGAGUUGUAUAUGAAUAUGGAGGAAUUGCUACACUUUGUACUGCAUUGUCAUAUUUUCCAAAUGAUGCAGAUUGCGUUAGUGCUAUUUGCAUUGCAUUAAUCCCAUUUGUAUCCCGAUCAAAUUAUGCUAAUGAAAUAAAUAAUUAUUUAUUGUUUGCAUCUUUAUUUCCUAUUUUAUAUGCCUCUGUUGAAUCACUAGACUUAGCAAAAGCAAGUAUGGCUUGUGUUGCAUCAGCAUCUAUGAUUAAUGAAUUUCAUGAGCAAAUGGUAAAUAAUCAAGUAAUUGAAAUCUUAUCAACAUGCAUCCAGUAUCAUUUAACAGACAGUGAUUAUCUUUCUAAUGUAUUCAGUGUUUAUUUUAGAUUAUCUGAUCAUAUAAAAACAAUAGAACCAAUCAAUCAGUAUGGUGGUAUAAGUGGUAUCGCUAAUGCUUUAUCUGCAGUUAGUACUGAUAGCUCUAUAUCAGAAACUGGUUUGAAAUUAUUAAAUAAAAUGUUAACAGCUUCUGAUGCUUUAACUUAUUUAAGCAAUCCGCAAAUAGUUGAUUCCGUUUUAACAGUUAUGUUAGAAAAUGAAAAUAAAGAAGUUAUUAUUCAAGAGGGUACAAAAAUUAUGGAAAAUUUAGCUACUGAAAGUGAUUGCCAAAGACAUAUUUCUAAUCUUGAAUCAAUUAUAAAUUUAGCUCAAUCGAAUCCAGAUCGUGCUUAUAAAACUUUAGCUGCUAUUUCAGGUUUGUCGAGAAUACAAUCGUUGAAAUUGAUGUUGGAAUCCAAAGGAGCCGAUUCUUCUAUAUAUAACGGUAUGAAGACGUGGAUCGAAUCCCCAAAAUUUAAUGAACAAACAAAAUUAAUUAAAGCUGCUUUAAAAACAAUAAAGAUACUAAAGUUGAAUGUAUUAAAUAAGGUACAUGAAGUUAUAGCAUCAAUAGUUGAAUUAAUGUGUGUUCCACAAGUAAAAAGAUUAGCAGAAGGAGAUGGACCAGAUGAUAAUAUUUUAAUCACAUCUGCUGAAUGUAUAAAUUAUUUAACAGAAGUGAACAAAAUUAGUACUAAAGAAAUUGUUGAAUCAAGUUUAGAAAGUAUAUUUAAAAUGAUGAAGAAAUAUUCUGAAUCUCGUUUAACUCAAACAAAUUUAUUAUCAGCUAUAAAUAACAUCUUAUUAAGUAGUAAUAUGAUAUGUGCAGAAGUUUUAGUUAAUAAAGGGUAUGUAAAACAAAUUGUUACAUAUAUUCAUAAAGUUCCUAUGUAUGUUGAUGUACAAAUAAUUGGUUUUAGUGUUUUAGCAAAUAUGCUAAAAAUUAAUAGUGAUUCGCUAGAUGCCAUAAAAAAAGCUAAUACAUUAAUCCCAUUACAAAAUGCAUUAAGAACACAUGUAAAAAACACGAAAUUAAAAACAACAUGUGCACCAUUAUUAGCUGUUUUAAUGCCAUUAGACACAUUAACACGAGAAAUAGAAGAAUUAUUAAGAUUGUGUAACAAGUCCAUACAAGCAAAUAAUCUUCCGCAAUUACACGAAUAUUUAGUUUCAUUAAAUGAAUUGUUAUUAACGGCUGAAUCAAGUAAAAUAUCUGCUCGUUGUAAUAUAGGACAAACCCUUAACAAUAUUGUUGAAUGGUUAAAAAACAACCCAGAUUCUUAUAAAAAUAAUAAUGCAAAAGAUUAUAGUAUUACUGGUAGAAGUUUAUAUGAUGCUACUAUAUCAGAGGUUGCUCAUGUGUGCAGUAAUGUAUCUCAAUCAAGAAUUGGUAUUGUUCAUUUAACAAAAAGCAAUAUGGCUUCGUCUUUAAUGCACUUAUAUAAUCUUUUAAAACUACCUGGAGAUGAAUAUACAGAAGAAGCAGUUGCGAAUAUUUUAGAAUCUUUAAGUUUAUUAUUAAAACAUGAUAUAAUAAAUACUGAUAUAGCAAUUGAUUUAGGAUUAAUAGAAAAACUGUGUACUGGAAUAAAUCAUUUUUCAGAAUCCGAUACUGUAAUAAAAAGUACAUUUAGUUGUUUAGCGUGUAUAUGUACAACUAAUAAACGUAUAAACCAACUAAUUACACAUCCUGAAUACGAUAAGCUUAUUUCUGUGAUUGUAAAUUUAAUUGGAAAUUCAGAAAAAAAUAAGGAUUCUAGAAAAAAUGCAAUAAAGGCUUUAUAUGAAUUAUUAAAAAUAGAAAAAGAAGAAAUCUCUGUUAACAUAUCUACCAAAACACCAAUUGUUGAUAACUUAUUUAAAAUAAUGGGAGAAUAUCAAAUGGACUUACCAAUAAUCCAAGACAGUUCGAAAUGCUUAGCAACUAUAGCAGAGCAUGUUACUAUUGAAGAAAAGAUGAAAAUCGAUAAAUAUUCGGCUAUGAAAAUAUUAAUAGAAUGCUUAGGAAAGAAUAAAAAUGAUGAAUCAACUGCACAAGAAAUAAUGUCAGUAUUAGUUAAAUUGUGCAAUAAUAACGAUAAGCCUCAAUUUAAAGAAUUAGGUGCUAUUGAUAUAAUUUCUGAUGUUACUAUGAUACAUGGUAAAAAUGAAGAAAUAUCCAGAUUGGGUGGUAUAUUGUUUUCAUAUAUGGGUGCAGAUGAACAAGUAAAGAAAUUAAUGAAAAUGAUAUUAAGCGUUAAAGAUAGUGAUGCUGAUGCAGUUCAAAAAAUUGAUAAUUUGUCUGGAAAAUUAGAAUUGUUUUUAAGAGCUCCAUUAGAAAACCCUCUAGAUGCGUUACAAUAUACAGAUGCUACAUUACAGAAAUUAAAUGCGUAUGUGGGUUCUAAUUUAGAAAAUGUUUCAUUACAAACAAAUAUUGCAUUAGUUAAUAAAAGAUUAGUAGAUCGUGUAAAAUAUGAUUUUGAAGAUCAACUAGGUGCAUGGGCUGUUGCAUCUGCUGGAAUAUUAAAUCAAUAUACAGAUAUGAUUACUAAUAAAGUAGGAUUAAAACAUGAUAAAACAGUAGCACCUAUUUAUUCAGUAUUAUCAGGGUGUUAUCUUAAUCCAUAUACAAAACAAUUGAUAACAGAUAAUUUAUCCCCGAUAUUAGUUAGUACCUACCAAAUAUUAGAAGACAAUAAAAAUAAGCCAUCUGUUGUACAAAGUGUUUUUGAAUUAUUAGAACAAAUAGCUUCUGAUGAAGAAGGCUCUAAAUUGAUGCAUAUGAAAUGGAAUGGUUCCAAAGGAAAUAUAGUAGACCAGACAUUAUCUAUUAUGAAUAUUAAUAAGUCAAAUGAUGCUGUAUUUAUAGCUGGUACUAGAUUAAUGGGAGCAUUAGCAGACACAGCAAAUACAUCUGGAUAUAUUAACGAUAUGGAUGUUCCUCGUAUAGUUGAAUCAUGUGAGUUAUUAGUAAAUGUUGGUUCAAGUAAAGAUAGAAUAUUAGAAUUUAUAAGUUUAAUCGACAAAAUGAUAUUAUCUAAUUUAUUAGAUGAAAAAAUAGCAUCUGACGCAUUAAAAAAAAUUAGUAGCUUAGUAUCUGAAGAGCAUUUAUCUAAUUAUCCCGAACAAGAUAGAACAAACAUCAUAAAAGCAUAUGCUAACUUAUUAAAAGAUGCUGCAUCUACUGGAUUAUUUGCACAUGUCCGACAAGCAAACAAAUUAGAAGCAAUAAAUAAUUUAGAAAAACUAAUCGAAUAUGAACAGAAUGAAGAAGUGAAAUUAGCAAUUUUAGAAGCAAUAUCUGAAAUAUCUGCAUGUGACCCAUUUGCAGCUUCUAAAUUAUUAGUAUCAUUAUUACCAUCUAUUUUAAAAAAUGAUUAUCACGAUAUAUUGAAUAAUAAAAAUAUAGCAGAUGCAUUUUUACAAAUGUUAGAAAAAUUAGUACAAAAUGAAGGUAUUGGAAGACAAUUAUCUACAAACAAUGAAUUGUAUAAAAUAUUAAGUGAAUUAGAAGAAUCGGUUGAAAAAAAUAGAGGAGAACUAGGUGAUGAUUUUGUUAAUAAUACAAAAUUAAGAAUAACUAAUAUACUCAAUGCUAUAGAAGAUGACAAACCAAAAGAGAAAACAUGUAAAGAUGUAUUUGAUACAUUUACAGAAUAUAAAAAUAAAGAAAUGUCAAUAAGUGUUCUUGACGAACCUUCAAUAAAUGAUGACAUAAAUUUUCUUUUAGACAGAUUAAGAAUAUAUAACAAGGAUAACUUAUCACAUACUACAGAAAGAGGAGUAGAUAAUUCAUAUGGUUUUAUGUCAAUAGAACUAUUAUGUGAAAAUCAAGAUAAUGUUCAAGAAUUAAUUAAAAAAGAAUUUCAUAUUAGUGCAUUCCAUUCUCUUGUUAAACAACCCGAAGAACAUGUAAAACAUUAUGCAUGCCGCUCUUUAUGUGCCUUUACAAAAGAUCCUUUAGGUCUACAACGAGUGAUUGCUGAUAUAAAAGAUUAUCCUAAUGUAAUAAGUACAUCUGUUGGAGAUUUGGCUGCAAAUAAUACAUUAGAAAAAGCAGAAAAAGAAGAUUUCUUAAUAAAUCGUGUAUUAUUAAUUGAUAGAACUGCCCAUAAUAGAAAUAUAUAUAACAAUACUAAUGCUGUUCGCCAUUUAAUUGAAAUAUGGAAUCAAUAUGAUCAGGGUUAUUUUUCCGUUUUAUUACUACGUCAUGUUUUUCGUGCUAUGAGAAAAAUAGUAUCUGAUUUCCAUGUUCAAACAUUAUUAGAUGCAAAUAUAUUAGUUAGAUUAAUUAAUAUUAUAAAUAGUUUAGAAACGGACAAAAUAUUAUAUCCAGAUGUCUUAUUUUUAAUUGGAAGUUUAGCUAUAGUUAAAGAAAUAAAAACACAAAUUGGAGAAUUAAAGGGUAUUCAUGCAUGUGUUUCUUUAUUAUUAAGAUAUAUAAAUGUAGAAGGUAUGGAACCAACUAUAACAAAUUGUUGUUUGGCAUUAGCUAAUAUGUGUAUUGAUCAUAAAGCAAAUAGCAGUAUAUUUUCUUCUUUAAAGGGUCCAGAUAUUAAUGUUAGAAUUUUAAAAGAAUAUAGAUCGAAUUUCGAUGUAGUAAAUGGUGGGUCUGUUUUACUUUGUAAUAUAUUAUUUCGAAAUGAAGAAAUGAAGAAGACAUAUGGUGGUAAUGGUGCACCAGGAGAAUUAGUAGAAUGUCUAAGAAGUUAUGAUGGUAGUGAUAAUAAGAAUGCUGUUAGAUGUAUUGAAAGUAUAUUUAAAGCGAUAUCUAAUUUAUCUUUAUAUACUGCAAAUAUAAAACAAUUUUUAGAUACACAAAUAGAAGUUUCUUAUCAAUCAUGGCUUAACAAAUUAAAUGAAUCAUUUCCAGAUGCAGAAUUAGAAACAGGUUUACGUACAUUAUCUAAUUUAGUUAUGGAAAAUGAAGAAUUAAAUAUGAGAAAAUUCGGAGUUACUUUAAUACCUGUAUUAAAUGUAUUAAAACAAAAUAGAGAAAAUUCAAAAGUCAUAUUUUUCUUAUUAGAUAUAUUAUGUUCUUUAUGCCGACUUAAUGAAAAUGCAAAAGCAUUUGCAGAAAAUGGUGGUAUCGAAACAACAAUUAAUGCAAUACAAUUAUAUGAUUAUGAUGUUAGUUUAUUAACAUUAGCUAUUCAUUUAUUGAGUAAUCAAUGUAAAAUAGAAUCAAGUUUACCAUUAUUAAUUAAAGCAGAUGCAUUUAGUAUAUUAAUUAGUUGUAUGGAAGCAGAAACAGAAGAAUUUGAAAUAACAGAAUUAGUAGUAUCAUCAUUAAGAUGUACACGACGUUUAAUACAAUCAGAAGAGCUAGCAUAUGAAUUUUGUAAUUGUGGUGGAAUACCUACUAUAGCAAAUUUGAUAUCUAAAUCUGUUAAAAAGUCAAUUGUAGUUUUAGAAGCAUUACGUAUAUUAUUAUGUGUAUUAUAUUAUACAAAAAAUGUCGAAGGUGUAGUUAAUGAAUAUUCUGAAGAAGACGAAGAAUUAUUCAAUGCUAGAUUAGGAGGAUGGUAUAAUAUAAGUAUGGAUAAAGAAAUGAUAGAUGUAAUAUUACAAUCUGUUUUAACAUGUUCAAAUGAUGAGAAUCAUCAAAAACAAUUGAGAUUACAAAAAGUAUCUCUUGGUUUAUUAGCUUAUUUUGCAUAUCAUAGAUUAGGUAUUAUUUCUAUGACUGCAUCUGGUUUUGAUAUUCUGGCUAAAAACAAUUUAAAUCAUUUUGGUGGUGAUAUGGUAAUUAUGCAAUUGUUGGCUAUAUGUAUAGAUAACAUUGCGAUAAAUUCUGCAGAAAUAUACGAUAUGACAAUUACGAGAGAUAUUGUAAAAUUAUUUAAAUCAUCUAUAUCUAAAAUCCAAAAUAAAAAAGAUCAUAAGCAAAUUGUACAAAGUAUUGAAAAAACAUUAGAAGCAAUGGGUUCAGAUGGAGAUCCUUUAGAUACAUUUAAAGAUACUAUAUUAACUUUUGAUUUUAGUUUAUCAGAAUUUGAUAAAGAUCCAUAUGUUAAUGGUGUUCACGAUUUACCUCAAAAUGUUAAAGAAGCGUUGAGAACAGGUGGUCAAUAUAAAAUAUACCAUAAAAGCGAUAAAAGAACAUUGUUCAAAUGGAAAGCUAGUCAAGAUUUAGGAACCUUAGAAUGGACAGUAGGAGAUAAUUUAGAUCGUAUAUUUAAAAUAUCGGUAGUACGUAUUAAAAAUAUAUCCAAAGGAUUAGUACAUCCUUUGUUAAAAGCGGCUAAUAAAUAUGAGCCUAGAAAAGUCAAUUCAAAAGUUGUAUUAUGCGUUUAUGGACCCCCUACUGAAGAUUUUCCAGAGGGCCUAGAGUUACCAAUUAAAACAAAAUCAAACAAAGAAAGAGAUGCAUUCGCCGAUCUAUUAAUUCUUUGGCGUGAUGCUGCUAGUUAUAACUAUUAA